UUUAGAGGAGCAGAAAAAUCUAUGUGUUUACCAUGAACUAAGAACUAAAAGCAAUACAAGUUGCAAUUUUAAAGAUGUAGUAUUUUUUCUUGCCUACCCACUGUAUAUCAAUCAAAACUUGCUAGGUAGCCACUUUCUGAAGACAGAGAGGAAGAUCUAAAGAACUAAAGAUACUAUCUGCACCUUUAUGCACGGCUGGGGAGAGAAGAGUCAAACAAAUGAUACAAGUAGCAAGUGUAAUUAAAAGUCAGAGGAGGGAAAGUCCUCCAAGUUGGAGUGGCCUGCCUUUCCCUGGAGAUGGAAUCUGAUCUGGAUUGUCCCAUAGAGGGGAAGGGCAUUUAUAUUACAGAACUUCCCCUUUCUCACAAGCUUUUUAAAGUCUACUGAAGCAAACGAUGUCUUCAGAUCCCUCACAAAUAAUAAUCAUUUGUGACAAAAGAGUCUCAAAGUUCUGCUUAUGGUCUAAAGGAAAACUAAUGAGAAUUCUUUUGAUUAUAUCUGGGUUUUUUUUUUUGGCAGUUUGCACAUUUAUCUUUUUCUGAUCAUCACUAAAAACCAAGAGAAGUAGGCUUCUUUUUCAACAUUCUGGGGAAAGGCAGAAAAAUCUAACAUAUAGAAAACAAGGAGACCCAAGCAAGAUUCAUUGUGGAAGUCAGGCCUCAUGUAUCUGGUACCACAAGUGGGCAUUCCAUUAUAUUGCCCAGUUGUAUGAAAAACCCGACACCUAGUUAGCAUCACAAGGGAAUUUCUGAAGCUCAGAUCAAGUACUUAACACUUUUCUCAGUUAAUUGUGGGAGAGCUGUUUAUUUUGCCCAACUGUUAAGUUAUAUCUAUAACCAAGCUAUUAUUUCCUCUUUCCAUGUAAAGUCAUAGAUGUGCCUCACAACUGUUUGCUUUUUUUCAUUCUUGAUCCAACAAAUACUUCUCUGUUGCAAUCUGUGAGAAAGACAUUAUGAUUGGCAUUGUGCAGAAUACAAAAAGCAUGUGAUGCAAAACCUACUUUUUACUAGUUUACUGGGUACCUUUUUAAUAGUUUGAAGAUAAGCUACAUGCAUGAAUAGCUUAGUGGCAAGCUUAUUGUGUAUGUGAUAGGAGACUUGAAGUGGGAGACAUUAGAAUUCAUUCAGUGAUAAAGAGCCUUAAACAUACCAUAUCCUACUUGCUACUUUGUCCUUAAAAGCAGCUGAUAAAAUUUUUAAAUUUCACUUUGAGUUAACAUUGUUAAAAAUCAAACCAUAGUGAUUUUUAUGUAGAGUGGUUUCUCAGGCUAUUUGGAAUAGAUUUGGGAGUGGUUUUAAAAAGAUAAUUUCUUGACUUACAUAGCCAAGGAUGGCCUUUCAUUUAGAGGAAUUUUCAAAUUGUGAUAUAAAAUCAAUAUUGUAUAUAAGAACUUCAUGUAUGCUACUACAUCAUGGGCAUAGAAACCACUAUGUCUCCUGCCUAUCUUUAUCUGUAGUAAAGUAUCGACAUGGGAUAAUUUAGGUGACAUUUCGAAGGAGACUUGUCUGAGUGAAGUGCAUCAAUAAUUGGAAAUGAAAGAUUAUAAUUACAUUGAUGAAACAAAGCAUUGUUAAAAUAGCCGCAUCUGUUGAGUGUUAUUACCCAGAAAAAUCUGUAACCCUGUUCAAUUUGGACAUCUUAGAGGGGGAAAACUUGGGAAAUCAAAAUGACAUUACUCUUGUUUUAACCUUGAGAGGAGUUUAUUAUUAUCUUUAACCCAAGUUGUGGUUUUCUAUACUGACAGUACUUGAUGCUUAUUUUUCUUUCACAAGUCAGUGGCAUUCUCAGAACUAGAUGAGACAACAAGAGAAAUAGGUGUUUUUAAGGCUUUGUUUUGAAGGGUGCCUCAUCUAGUUCUAAGAAUGUCAGAACACCUAUUUUUAAGAUGACUGCAUCCACUAUAGAUUAUCUCCAUUAUCUCCCCCACAAACAGAUAUCAUAUAAUUAUGUAUAAUGUGUAUAAUUUCUGUGCCAGAGGCAUGAUUAAACUGCAGUGUGGAUGGACAAGGGGUUAUUGACAAGCCAGGGAGCCACGGCGGUAGCCAAAACUAAGACUACGUUUCAGAAAUUCAGAUGAUUGAGUCUCAGCUUGUAUCAUCAUUGGCACACAAGACACAGCUCUUGAGCAUGACAUCCCUAAGCUAGGCUGUGGGUUGUGUGUGGUAAAUACACCGACUCUAGGUAUAAGGCUAAUGGUUUUCUCUCAUUCAAGAAGGUAUAGGAGAAUACAAGUGAGUCUGGGUGGCAUUAUUUCAGAGAUAGGCUUAAAUCUACUCUAAAUUAUAAACAAAGUACUUCUUGUAUGAACUUUGGUCAUUUAUUAGUAGUACCUUCCUAAUUGAGAUAUUGAGAGACACCACAAAGGUGAUGGCCACUCUGCUGUAAAUGAGACCCACCAGGGGACAUCAGUGAGGCCAAGACUAGUUGUUCUCUUGCUGCCUUCACUGGUUUGGGAAGGGUGGGCUGCAAGGCCACAGGGUCAACACUGUCCUCAGACUGCUCUCCUUCCUCCCACUCAUGUCCUAACUGCGUGAUAAUUGCCUUGCAAAUGUAAUUACACUUGAAUAUAAACCAAAAUAAAACAAUAUUUGCCUUUCCCAUAUUUUUACCCCUACCAUAUUUGGUAGUUAAUCUCGGGAAUAACCAUUGAAGGAACCACUUAGGGGAAAAGGCCACACAGAAAGACAGAGUUUGGGGAAUAUAUAAAGUUUAAAAAUUAUUGAACUUGAAAAACUAGUGUUUAUUCCUUAGCUAGUGUGAUAUUGGGGACACAUUUUAUGGCUCUUCUUCUGUUAUUUAACUUGUCAUUCACACUAUGAGAAACAAAUAGAAGGAAAAAGAGAAGCCAAAUAGCCCUAAACCAAAGGAAAAUAAAUACUAUUUAAAAAUAUUCCCCAAAGAACAACAAUGUAUGCACCAUGAUUCUGAAUAGAAACUAAAUUUCAAGUGAGAAGCAGUGUGACAGAAAUGAAACCUUUUUAGAGAAAAAAAGAGAAAGAUUUUCUUUUACUCAAGAGAGUUUCUUGUUGCUGAGCUGUAAUUUCCAUUCAAAACCACUGCCGCUACCUGGGUACUCCCAUUUUUAAGUCACAGAAUGUAGGAGAACUGAAACAAUCUCGUAAUUAGGAAAAAGUAUCAUUUGAAAAGCUAUUAAAAUCUUUUGAUCUAAGUAGCCAAUUGAUAGAGGAAGUAAUUCUCUGUUGGACUGAAAAAGAAAUUUGGGGUGGAUUGAUUUUUUUGUCACAGAAGAAUGAUUAUAUUGUACUUGUUCAGUAACACUUUCAACUCUAGUCAUUAUUACCAAUUUUCCCACACAGAAAACAGAAUGAUCACUGGCUUUACCUUUAUGUGUAUGUGUCAGAAGGCCAGAAAGAGAAAGGGACAAUCGGGGAGGCCUGUGAGGUAUGAAAAAUGGCCUGAUUUGGACAAGGUUCAGAAUUGGAUAGACAUAUUGGAAAGACAUGGGCUAUUCUGUUUUUGCCUAAUUAUAAGCAAACAGAAAAAGCUCAUGGGCAUUCUUUCAUUAAACAUACAUGUAUUAAGCAUCUGCUCCCUACUGGAUACCAGGGACACACAAGGUGUGAAACACAAUCUUUGCUUCCAAGAAGCUUAAAUUUGGUAGAGAGAGAUAGAUCUGCAGUCGAAGGGUGCUUGCAGUGACAAGUGAUGUGCUAGAUAUGUUUGCACGGGGCAGAGUAGAAGCACACAGGAGGAGGUGGUCAAUUUGACCUGAUCCAGGGAAGUUGAAAAGAUGAUCUGGUUUCUUCAUUCAGCAAGUGCAGCUUGAAUGUACCUGGCGUUGUUCUAGGCUCUGAGGAUACGGUGGUGAACAAACCAACAGCUCCUUCCUCCCACAGAGCUUACUGGGGGAUCAGGGGAAGAGACAAACACAUUAUAAACAAAUAGGCAAAUAAAUGCUGGAGAUAAUUAUAGGUGAUGACAAACUCUAAAACAAAUAAGAUGGAGAAAUGUGACUGAGGGUGACAUGGAGAGGAAGGGAGAUGUGCUACAUAGGGUAUUCAGAUGAAACAAGGGAAACACAAAUCCUCCCCCAUAGGAAUUUUGCUUAUGCUGCUUCUUUGGCUUGGAGCAUCUCCCUGAAAUCCCACCAUCAUCCUGCUUUAAAAUGUAGGUUUUGUUAUUAUUGAGUUAUGGUGAGGCCAACAGAUCAGGAGACAACUCCCAUUGAAAACAUGGUUUGUUUCUGCUCCAAUAAGAGGGCACAGACCACACCUCCAGGACCACAUAGGGAAGCCCCAGGGUUGGUGAGGAGGUAGAAGGAGUGAGGGGGGAAAAGUGGAUCAGAGCCUUUAUAGUGGUAUCUGCAGGAAGGAAGUGGGCAAGGCAGGGUUAGCAGGCUUAUGAUUGGCUAGUUUGAAAGUUUCCGUGGGUUCUAGAGAGUAGGGGCUGGCUUUGGUUGUCUGGUACUUGGCCCUGGGAUGAUGGGGACAGAGGACUAUUGCCUUCUGGAGUGUAGAAGCCACAUAGAGGAGGUGGUUUAGAGUAAUGGUUCUGGAUUGGUUACUUUGCAUAUGAAAGCCGUUUGCUCUCUCAAAGAAUUGGCUAGCCCUGGGAGGGGCAGUCUCUUCCCAGUCAGUGAGACCCCAGGUGCCAGAACACAGAGAAUACAGAAAUAAAAUGUUGUUAAUAUACAUCCCCAUCCUACCCUUUGCCAAGUGAACAAAGGGUGCUUUUCCUUCAACUCUCAGCACCAAACGGCUUCUCAGGGAAGCCUUUACUAACUUUCUACACCAAGUCAACUCCAAGUUAGCCCUUUACCAAUUCCAAGUCAAAUCCCUGUUACGGACACUCAGUCUAUAUUCUACUCUUCGUAGCUUUUACCUCAAUUAUAGUUUUCCAUGUAAUUGUAAGGUUUUUAGAUUUAUGGCCUUCUCUUUCAGUAGACUAUAUAUCCCAUAAGACCUGGGGAUUGCCUUUGUUUGCUCAUCUGUGUUGCCAAUUCCUGCUGUAGUCCUGGCACAUAGUGUGAAUGUGUAGGUUGUUGUCAUGGCUAGAGCCAAGCCAGGGUGGACAGGGUUGCUGCACUGUAGGAUGUGAAGAUCGCAAAGUCCAGGUCAUGGAAGGCUAUACAGUGUUACUGAGUUUGGACUUUUUCCCAAAAGCAAAUCGGAAUUUAUUAGUGGGUUUUAAAGAGGUAAUAAAUAUGGCCAGAUUCUUGUGAAAAGACAGGAUGGAGAGUUUGCUACUGGAAGCAAGAACGGUAAUUUAGGACACCGUUGCAAGAAGUCCAGACAGGGGAUGAUAAGGGACAGAACAAGAAAUACUAAAGAGGAAAAAGAGACAGGACUGGCGAUUGACUAGAUAAAAGGGAGGAAUAUGGGCCAGCUUUUGGGUUCUUGAUGUGGGUGUCUAGAUGUGACUGUUAUCUAAGAGAGGAGAUACAGGAGAAGAUGCAGGCUAUUAUAAAAUAAGCUCAGUUUAGGCCGAGCACAGUGGCUCACGCCUGUAAUCACAGCACUUUGGGAGGCUGAGGUGGGCAAAUCAUGAGGUCAAGAGAUGGACACCAUCCUGGCUAACACAGUGAAACCGUGUCUCUACUAAAAAUACAAAAAAUUAGCCGGGCGUGGUGGCAGGCACCUGUGGUCCCAGCUACUCGGGAGGCUGAGGCAGGAGAAUGGUGAGCACCUGGGAGGCGGAGCUUGCAGUGAGCCGAGAUCGCACCACUGCACUCCAGCCUGGGUGACUGAGUGAGAUUCCGUCUCAAAAAAAAAAACAAAAAAAAACCCAAAACUCAGUUUGGACAUGAUGAGUUUAUGACUGUGGGAUACCCAAGAGACAGCAUCUUCUUAUAAGCAGUUGGGAAAAUGAAUUCAGAGCUUAGGAGAAAGAUGUGGGUUAGUUGUAUAGAUGUGGCAGGCAUUAACUUGCAAUUAGUUUUUAUCUUAAUUCUGUGGUUUUUAUUUUGGCCACCCCCUCUUUCCCUGAGUUAAUGGUGUGCCUUAUUCAAGACUUGAAUAUCUAAAGAAAACACAUGCUUCAUUUUGACCUCCUUGCAUCGGUGGUUAAUCAUGGUUUAUGGAUCCCAAACAACAAUCCUCAAAUAUACUUUAUUGUUCUUGCUCUCCCCGGCAACCUACUGUGUACUUUCCACGUGCCAAACUUUUAUGGAAUUAAAUAGCUUUAAUUACUUGGAUCUGUACAGACUUGCUGACCUCUUUAACCUCACUUUGUUGGAGAAGGCAGUGAUCGAUUUCUUAGUGAAACAUCUCUCUGAACUCCUGAAGAGCCGCCCGGAAGAUGUUCUAACGCUUCCCUAUUGCCUGCUUCAGGAGGUGCUGAAGAGUGACCGCCUGACCUCCCUGAGCGAAGAGCAGAUCUGGCAGCUAGCUGUGAGGUGGUUGGAACACAACUGCCACUACCAGCACAUGGACGAGCUCCUGCAAUACAUCCGCUUUGGCCUAAUGGAUGUGGAUACUCUCCAUACAGUUGCCCUGUCCCACCCCCUUGUCCAAGCAAGUGAGACUGCAACAGCCCUUGUCAACGAGGCCCUGGAAUACCACCAGAGCAUCUAUGCACAGCCCGUCUGGCAGACUCGCAGGACCAAACCACGGUUCCAGUCAGACACUCUGUAUAUCAUUGGUGGGAAAAAGCGCGAGGUCUGCAAGGUCAAGGAACUUCGGUACUUCAAUCCCGUUGAUCAGGAGAAUGCUCUCAUAGCCGCCAUUGCCAACUGGAGUGAGCUGGCUCCCAUGCCUGUGGGAAGGAGCCACCAUUGUGUGGCAGUCAUGGGGGACUUCCUGUUUGUGGCUGGAGGGGAAGUUGAGCAUGCCAGUGGCCGGACGUGUGCCGUGAGGACUGCCUGUCGCUAUGACCCCCGCAGUAAUUCCUGGGCAGAGAUAGCACCCAUGAAAAACUGCCGGGAGCAUUUUGUGCUGGGUGCCAUGGAGGAAUACCUCUAUGCAGUUGGGGGCAGAAAUGAACUACGCCAGGUUCUACCUACAGUUGAGCGAUAUUGCCCCAAGAAGAACAAAUGGACUUUUGUUCAGUCCUUUGACAGAUCCCUUUCAUGCCAUGCUGGAUAUGUGGCUGAUGGUCUUCUUUGGAUAUCAGGUGGAGUAACUAAUACGGCACAAUAUCAGAACAGGCUAAUGGUAUAUGAACCUAACCAGAAUAAGUGGAUAAGCCGUAGCCCCAUGCUGCAGAGAAGGGUCUACCAUUCCAUGGCUGCUGUAGAAAGGAAGCUUUAUGUUCUUGGAGGCAAUGACCUAGACUACAAUAAUGACCGGAUCCUUGUGCGCCAUAUAGAUUCUUACAACAUAGACACUGACCAGUGGACACGUUGCAGUUUCAACCUGUUGACUGGCCAAAAUGAAUCUGGAGUUGCUGUCCAUAAUGGGAGAAUAUAUUUAGUUGGUGGAUAUUCAAUUUGGACAAAUGAGCCUCUGGCUUGUAUCCAGGUACUGGAUGUAAGCAGAGAAGGCAAAGAAGAAGUAUUCUAUGGACCUACACUCCCUUUUGCUUCCAAUGGAAUAGCAGCAUGCUUCCUUCCAGCUCCAUAUUUCACAUGCCCUAACCUUCAAACUCUUCAAGUGCCUCAUCACAGGAUUGGCACCGUCUGAAAAGCCAAUGCCAUCAUGAACAGGAGGAAACCAUAGCCCUGACUGUUGGAUACUGGGCAUGAAAAGACUCAGUGCUCAAUGCUUCCUUGUCUUGCUUUAUAGGUCUUGUAUUCUGAUAAAUUUAAGCAAAAAAUGAACAAUUUUCUAAAAUACAUUAUUAAAAACUCUUGUCACCCUUCUCAGUGUAUGUCAACAUGCAAUAUGUAUGACUUUUAUUGUGGUAUAGCUUAGUGCCAACUUAAGGUACAUUGUGUCCCAAGGGUCUUUAGAACAUUCUUUGUACACUUUUUCUAAUCAGCACUGUCUUAACAUAACACUGUUAGUAAGGCAAUUUACUGGACAAAAUGGCAUCGAUGAUCUUAAAAAAUAUAUAUUCUGUACUUAAUCCCUUUAUUAUUUAAAGCGGGGCUUGUAAUUUUUCUUUUUAAAAUUUAACAUUAAGCAGCCCUGCUCAGUAGAAACUCAGCAUUAUGACAUCAUAAAUUUUUAAAUACCAUAUUUUAUUCAAGGUGAUACGAAUAAUAGACAUACACUGGAACAGCAGUUGGAACACCCAGAUUUUUCACCUUGGUUACGCUGACCUUGGGUCAGAACCUAACUUUACAAUACUUCAGUUUUCCCACCUUUUAAGGAGGAUAAUUACUGAUUUCCAUGUUAAUUUAAAAGAACAUCAUGAGGAUUAGGCAAACAUUUUGAAAUACUUUGCCCAAGAAAAAGAAAAAUGUUACUGAAAUUACAAGGUAUUUUACUGUCUUUAGAACCUUGUAAAUGAACAGGGAGAUUAUUUUUGAAGUUUAAAAAUUACUAGAUAGAAUUUGGAAACAUGUUAUGGAAUAAAUGAUUCUAAAAAGCAUGUGAAAGAGACACACAAUUAGGAAAUAGGGAGUUUAUUAAAAUCAAAGAUAUCUAAACUUGUACAGAUAUCUAAACUUGCCUCAAGUAACUCUCAGAUGUCUCAUUUAAAAUCAUUUAGUGAAAAAUGACAUUUAAAGCUAAAAAAUAAUUUAGUUGUACUAAUUAUGGUACCAUAAAGUGCUUUGACAUAAAUUUGAACCUAGAAUUGGCAGUUCUAAUAAAAGUUUUUCCACUUUGUUAAAGGUUAUGUCAAUCUUGAGUGCUUGUGGGAUUCUUCUCCACCACCAAUACAUAUUUUAUUACUAUCACUUUUAAUAAUGCAUAGGAAUUCUUUUUUAGGCUAGUUUUUGAGUUUGCUUUGUCUAUAACAAAAAAUAAAUACAACAACUUAAUAAUCACAUUUGAAAACAAAUUUAACAAGUAUAAUGUGAGUUUUUCUUUUUUUCCUAACUUCCUCAGGACCUAGGUCACCUUUAUUAAAAGGAAGAAUUCACUCUUUUUUCCUUGACAGUUUAAUCAUUCAGCAAUCCCUCUCUUAAAGGAAAUUGUUAUUUUAUUCAUGUAACCAUUUUUUGUAAUCAAAAGUGAAUAAAAAUGAUCUUUUUGUCUCACAGAAUUCACUAACUUCAUAUAUCAUUAUACAUAAAACAUAGAAAUAAAUAUAUGGUUUCUGGUUAUUCAGAUUUAAAGGGCAGGAAGGAGACUAGGGAGAAGGAAAACAGGUAGAUUUUUAAAAGAAUAGGAAUUUAGUAUAGACUAAAUUCCUUAGUAUACUUAGUAUAUUUCUUUUAGUAUAGACAAACCACUGUUGAGGACAGUUCUCAACAGUGAAAAUUGAUAUGGACAAUUGAUAUUUAGAAUGAUGACAGCUUCUUUAAAUGGUUUAAGCCAUCUAAACUAAAUUUUAAAAAUGCCUUACCAAGGCAGGAAAAUGAACUCCAGUAUUUCAGAAAUCUUUUCAACAGGGACUUAAGUAUUCAGCUAUAUUAAUUUUUGUACUUGGGACAUGAAUUUUCUCUCUAGCAGUUUUACCUAGUAAAACUAUGAAAAUCUAUUUGUAUUCCCAGGCCCUACAUCCAAUCAAUGAAAGGGAAAGCUCUAAAAACAAGCUUACCCAACUAAUGGAAAGGUAGCCUGAGACUACCCUCAUUUCUGUAUAUAUUUUUAACAAUUCAUAUAAAACAAAUCAGCAUAUAUUAUCAACCCCUCCUAAGUGAUCUUUAUAAUGUAAUAUUCACUAAUAUUACAGAACUGAACUCAGAAUUUUAAAAAGUUUUACCAGGUUCAGACACAUCCUUUAUAACUAUAGCCAAGAGUAGUACAAAAACAUAACAUCUCUUCCCUAAAAGGGAAAAAAACCUAGAUAAGUUAUAAUUAGAUCCUUUUAUUCAAGGUUAUCAAUAAUAGAAUUCUAUUAAACUAUGUCUGUUCAUAUGAGCCAAAUUUCACUGAAAGUAUUCAAAUAUACAUUUUCGAUUUAAGUGAACUACCCUAUAGUAAUUCAUCUUCCAUUUCCAUUUUUAUUCUUCAAAAUUAAAGGUUAUAUUGUAUUUGUAAUGUAAAUUAUUAUACUAAUGUGAAUUUCUAUAGGAAGGUCAUGAGACUUGCAAACAUUUAAAUAUCACUUCAAGUUUUUACUUUAAAAGAGAAAACAAAAUACAGUACCACACAGAUGAUAACAGAUAUUCUUGGUGUUAAAGGAAAAGCCAGCAAAGAUGUGAAUUUCUAAAAUCAUCUGUACAAUGCAAUAACACUUCUUAGAUCCUUAAUAACAAAAUAGCAAUUAGGUAAUGAUUAGGGUACUUUUCAUACUUUUUCCUUCAUAUUUUCUUCACACUUUAACCACAUGUACAUCAAACUCUUUCAGCUACCAUGACAUCGGAAAACCUAACUUUCUAUAGUUUUACCACAAAUAUAAAAACAUCAGUAAUAAGAUAGAAAUUAUUCCUUCUGGUAACAUGGCUCAUUUUUACUUUAGCUUCCACAUAAUGAAUCUGUUAUAAAAAGGAAGUUUUCAAUAAUCAAGGGCACAAUGUAAGUUAAAUAUAUACUUUUAUUACUAUAUAUAAAUUUUUAUCAUAUGCACAAAUAACUCAUAAAUAUGUAUAUAAAAUUAAAAUGUCCACAAUUUUUCUAGAAGCACAAUUCACAAAUGCAAUGAAUUGGACGCCAUCGGCACAACAAAAAUUUUAAUAAGUAUAAACUGGUCAAUUCCAACCAUUUGGUAAUUUACAAUGCAGGUUGUCACACUAUCAAAAUACACAUCUUAUUAAAUUUGUGAAGAAUAUGCUACGUUGCUAGCUUCCCAAACCAACUGUUUCUAUCCAAAUAAAGCAUAUUAUUUAUAUUGGCAUACUAUACUCUUGCCUGACAAGGCAAUAUUUUUAACUCUAAGAGGGGUAGGCAAAAGAUCAGUUUUUUGAAAAUAUAAUAUUUAUAUAAAAAGUCUGGAUAAAAAAGCAGUGGUUUAGUACAGAUGAUUCAACUUUUGGUGAGGUUUCUGUAUCUAUUUACCUUUCAGACAUGGGGAGACAUGAGUGGUAUGAUAACAUGUACGGUUUGGGGAAGGCAGAUUUCUAAAGGCUUUUCUCGACUGUAGAAGCUUGUCAAAUUUUUAUAUAACACAUAAUUUUAGCUGUCAAAGAUUCUGUGAAAGUACAUGAAAACAAGUCCAUGUAAUUAUUUAAGAACAAGGUAGUUUAAAAAAUUUGUUGUAAAGCAUGGAAGAAAAUAAUAAUAGGUAAUGAAAACCCACAAACAUCUGACUCACAAAUAUUAUAUAGAUGCUGAGGUAGAAAAAGUCGAAUAUGCUUAAGAAGAAAACAUACGAAGGACAGGUAUAGAUAUACAAGUUUUAAACUAUGAAAUUCUUCUAAUGCAAAUGAACUCAAUACUGAAUGACUUUUCCACAAUCCGUGCUUCCUUCCUCGCCAUGGAAACGUUCUAAUUAAAUUGAAAUUUAAAUCAUAACCAAAUCCAAAUGCCUAAUAAAGUCCUUUCAUCACUGUUGUCCUUCAA